UCAUAACGUAGCGCAUCGUGUAUCGAAAGUGGUUUGUACAACGCCAUUUCGUUUCGUCGUUGUUUCUACAAUGUCUGGGUAUUUCGAACUGUAGAACAGGGCUGUGCCGAGCUCCGCGGAUCUCCACUUCUACGUGCUUGACACGGCGUGCUUCGGAUUCCCGUGUGUGACCCCAACUAAAGAGACGAAUUGGCUACUCAUCAAAUAGCAUUAGGUAAUUGGCCAAAUUUGAAUGUUAGCGAUGUUAACUAUGUCAAAUGUCAUACUGGAGGUGAAUGAAUAAAAUACUGUUACCGCAGGCCGGUGCCGGGGAUGGCGCGAUCCGACUAGUAAAACCCGGAUAUUACUCGCUCAUUGCCUGACGGUCUGUUGAUCGCUCACUCACCCACUCGCUCGCUACUUGUCUUACUUACACCUCAUCCCUUCCAUCCUCCACGGAGAUGCUUGCGGGAGCUGGGCCGCGGCAUAGCCGCUCGUUGCUCAGAAGCUGGCGCUGCGUUCGAUCAUUUAGUAGCACGGCUCCCAAUAGAGCUGACUUCAGCCAUGUCGUCAUCGGCGGCGGCGUGGUUGGAAUCGCGACAGCCCGAGCUUUAGCACAGAAAUCCAGCUCCGCUUCUUCAAGCGCCGGCACGCUCCUGCUCGAACGCCACGGGAUCGUAGGAUCCGAGACGUCCUCGCGCAAUAGCGAGGUCAUCCACGCGGGUCUAUACUACGGCCCCGGAACCCUCAAGACUCGCCUCUGCAUCGAGGGCAAGGAGAAGCUGUAUGCGUUCUGCGCCGCCCGUGGUGUUGGACAUGCGAACGUCGGCAAGUGGAUCGUCGCGCAGAACGACGCCGAGCGCGAGGCCCUCGAGCGCCUUCACGCUGUCUGCCGCGAUGUCCUAGGCGUCCCCACGCGUUGGGUCAAUGAGAGCGAGGCGAAGGAAGCCGAGCCGGCUAUCCGGGCCGACGCGGGAGUCCUCGAGAGCCCGACCACGGGCAUCGUCGAUUCGCACGGGCUCAUGGUCGCGCUACAGGGCGAGUUUGAGGAAGCGGGCGGCGUGACGGCGCUCAAUUCCACCGUCACGCAGAUUCAGCCGCUUGAAGCUGACAUCCCAGGUAGUAAGGGCUGGCGGCUUACAAUUCGCGACUCUACUACAGGCGAGGAGUCGACCAUCGAGACUGAGGCCAUCAUCAAUAGCGCGGGUCUCGCCGCCGCGGACAUCCAUAAUAUGAUCGUCCCGCCGGCACAUCGGACACGGCUAUACUACGCCAAGGGGAAUUACUUCAGCUAUGCCGCGAGCCAGCCUCGCGUGCGGCGCCUGGUGUAUCCCACCACGCUCGCUGGUGCAGGCGGCCUCGGCACGCACCUCACGCUUGAUCUCGCCGGGCGCCUCCGCUUCGGGCCUGAUGUCGAAUGGGUCGACGACGCCUCGGACCUGAAUGUCAAUACGGCACGGUUUCCUGACGUCCUCACUGCCGUCCGGAGAUACCUACCGGACAUUGAUGAGACGGCGUUUAGUCCCGAUUACGCCGGUAUUCGGCCUAAGCUUGGGCCCGGUGGCGCCGUGGGCACCGGAAAAGGAUUCUACGAUUUCCACAUUAAAAUGGAAGAUGGUUAUGCUGGCUGGGUGAACAUGCUAGGGAUGGAAAGCCCAGGGCUUACGAGCUCGAUUGCUAUCGGAGACUACGUAAGGGAUUUGUUUUAUGGAACGCACACAGGAAGUUGAAAUAAAAGAAGCAAUCGGAUGUCAUAAUCAGUAGGAUAUGACUAGCUGCCAUGGGAAUACAAGUCGUUUUCAAUCCUGGAAACGUCGAAUAAGUACAACGGUACUUUGGCCAAUAUCAAAGACCACUGGAUUACCUAAUACCAGUCAAUACCAGUCACCUAACAUCUAUCAUGAUGGUGAGUCUACUGUUCAGCAGAUGACCAGCAAAUCUACCUUCGUGGACGUCUAGAUAAACCCUCCUAUCGGCUGCCUGCCAAUUAGCCCUAUCUACCUGCCCUACGCUGUACAUCAAUACCAACCCCAUCUACAUGAAGUCCUUAUACAAGUAGAUAUGUUAUUCAAACUACUGUAAAAAUAUCAACCACGGGGGGCCUUGGC